AUGCACUCCCGGACAAAUGGAUUUCGUGAGGCUGCGAGGAGCUCCCCAGCACUCGGACAUGAGAAGAUUUUCAUCACUUCGAUACAUUGGACAUCGGAGGUCAUCCUCCGCGAUCACUGGAUCCCGCAGGUCGUCGAGUUGACGAGAGCCAUUGGUCGCGAGAAUGUCUAUGUGAGCAUAUACGAGAGUGGGAGUCUGGAUGACAGUAAGGGCGCCUUGAGGGAGUUGGAUGCGCAGCUGGAGGCAGAGGGCAUUAGUAGAAGGAUCAUACUGGAUAAUACUACACACUUGGACGAAAUGGAGAAGAGGCCGGCUGUGGGAGAGAAGAGGAAGGGCUGGAUUCAAACUCCAGAGACGGGACCUACCACUGGCAUUCCGGGAUUCGACUACACGCCUUCGGGAAAGAUGGAGCUGAGACGGAUACCAUAUCUUGCAAAGUUGAGGAAUAUAGCUCUGGAGCCGCUGUUCGAGCUGCAGCAGAAAGGGCUGAAGUUCGACAAGGUCCUCUUCCUAAACGACGUUGUCUUUAACAAUCACGAUGUGCAGACACUUCUACAUACCAAUGAAGGGGAAUAUGCGGCGGCAUGUUCAUUGGACUUUUCCAAGCCUGCAACUUUAUACGACACGUUUGCGUUGAGAGAUAUCACUGGGAAGGAACCAAUGAUGCUGACGUGGCCAUACUUUGGCAAUAGACAGAACCGGAAAGCUGUCGAGAGGAGUAUUCCUGUACGAGUCAAGAGCUGCUGGAAUGGAAUCGUGGCGAUGCAUGCGGAAGCAUUCUAUGGAGGUUAUCGUUCAUUGGGUUUCCGUGGUCUGGAUGACAGUCUGGCGGAGUCCCAUCUCGAGGCUUCGGAGUGUUGUCUCAUACAUGCUGACAAUCCCUUUUCGACCUGGAAAGGGGUUUGGAUGAAUCCGAAUGUUCGUGUGGGAUAUAAGCUCGAAGCGUACGAGGCCGUACACAAGUCUGCUUGGAUCUCCAUCUUCCGUGCAGUCUACGGUAUUUGGGCGAAUCGGCUCCUGCGAUGGACCUCUUUGAUACGGCAUCGAGCGACUACGAUACAUCAGCGCAUCGCUAGUUGGCGGGCAGAGUCUUCGACACGUUUUGAAAGUGGAGACUUUUGUGUCAUAGAUGAGAUGCAGGUCAUCUAUGAGUUUGGCUGGGCUCACGUCUGA